UAUGAGUUGGCGUACUGUCUAAAACGUCGGCUUACGUUCUCGUUUUUAAAUAAUAAUAAUAAUAAUAAUAAUAAUAAUAAUAAUAAUAAUAAUAAUAAUAAUAAUGUAGGUGUUAUUAAACAAAACAAAAAAAAAUGGAUACUCUUGUAUUUCAGUUAGUUAAAAGAAUAAUUAAAAAAAAACACGACAAGCGAGUUUUAAAUUAGCUUAAGAGGCCGCAAGACAGAUUCUAGCUACAUUUUACUGAAUACAUAUAUUUAAUUUUUUAAUUAUGGAAACGUUUACAUCCACACUACAAAUCGGGAAGGAAAGCUACUCGGGGUUGCUGCGUUGCAGGAUCUUUGAAUGGACGAAACUGAGCAUCAGAAACGAAGAAAAAUCGGCAUGUGUGGAGAGGGUGCCGGUGGAGGAGAUCGUGGGGGUGCAGGCAGGGAGGCUGGAGCUGCUGCCCAAGAAAAGGGUUGAGGAAUCAGAGACAGAGUUCACCGUGCUGUAUGUGAGGCGUGUGCGCGGUGGUCAGCGCUGGUCUCUCGGACACACCGUGUUCUCCGCGCCGGACCCGGAGCUGAGAGACCGCUGGGUGCAGAGCCUGAGACACAGCACUGAGAAAUACAGCGAGGAGCGGCCCAAGAAUCUGCUGGUUUUCAUCAACCCGUUCGGGGGUCGCCAGCGAGGUCGCGAGGUCUACUGGACCCAGAUUGCACCCCUGUUUGAGCUGGCGGGGGUCAGAGCCCACAUACUGGAAACCGAAAGAGCGAAUCAUGCCAGAGAUUACAUACUGAAGUCGGAUCUUACUGGGUUUGAUGGGCUGGUGUGUGUGGGCGGGGAUGGAAUGUUCAGCGAGCUGAUGCACGGCCUGAUUGGUCGAACGCAGCGGGAGGCGGGGAUUUCGGAACAUGACCCUGAGGCGACCCUGCAGAGCUCCUCUCUCAGAAUUGGAAUCAUUCCAGCAGGCUCGACAGACUGUGUGUGUUUUGCCACUGUGGGAGUGAACGAUCCCAUCACCUCUGCACUGCACAUCAUUAUUGGAGACAGCCAGCCCCUGGACGUGUGUUCCGUGCAUCACAGGAAGCGGCUGCUGAAAUACUCAGUCUCAUUGGUUGGUUACGGUUUCUUUGGAGACGUGUUGUCAGACAGCGACAGGCACAGGUGGAUGGGACCAAUCAGAUACGACUACUCAGGUUUAAAGAUGUUUCUGAGCAAUCGCAGUUAUAAAGGCACCGUGCGCUUCCAGCUGGCUGAGUCACAGAGUUCGAACCCGCGCGACAACACACGCUGCAGAAGCGGGUGUAUGGUUUGCUCCGAGUCGACAGACAGACUCUGUGGGUUCGGCAGUCUGGUGGGUUCGGCAUUUCAUUCUCUAUCCAGAGCCAGUCUGAGUGAGUCCCAGGUCUCAUCCUGUUCAGUGUCGCUCCCUGGGGAGUGGAGGUCAGUGUCCGGCUCAUUCAAGGCAGUCAACCUGACCUGCAUGUCCAGCGCUUGUCCCAAGAGUCCCGGCGGACUGUCGCCAAGUGCCCACCUCGCAGACGGAACCGCUGACCUCAUCCUGGUUCGGGACUGCGGGAGAGCAGAGUUCCUCAAACACCUGAGCAGACACACCAACAACAAGGACCAGUUUGACCUGCCCUUUGUCGAGGUGUAUCGAGUGACUGCGCUACAUUUCUCCCCCGAAAAUAAUGAAGAAGAAGAAGAGAAGGAUGAGAAUGAAGGGAUGGAGACAGAGGAAGAAACGGAGGGCAGCAAAUGCAAGAAGAGCAGCUUCAUGUCUGGGCUGUGCGGAGCGCCCCCUAGCCGCUCGAAGUGGAACUGCGACGGGGAGCUUGUAGCUCACACUGCCAUCCAUGCACGGGUCCACUGCCAGUUGAUCAGGCUCUUCGCUCGGGGAAUUGAAUCAUCGCUUGGAAAGAGGAGAGGGUCUUGUCUGAUGUAUCAUAAGUAAAUCGGGACACUGCAAACACACAGACCAACUCCUGAACGUCUGGUACCCGGAAGCUGAUUGAUCUCAGAACUUUGUCAAGUCUGUUCUUAAAGGAUCCCAGUGAUUCAGCAUCAACAACAUGACUAGGUAACCCAUUCCAUCCCCUCACCACUCUCUGUGUGAAGAAGAGUCUCCUUCAACAACAUGACUAGGUAACCCAUUCCAUCCCCUCACCACUCUCUGUGUGAAGAAGAGUCUCCUUCAGCAACAUGACUAGGUAACCCAUUCCAUCCCCUCACCGCUCUCUGUGUGAAGAAGCGUCUCCUUCAACAACAUGACUAGGUAACCCAUUCCAUCCCCUCACCGCUCUCUGUGUGAAGAAGAGUCUCCUUCAACAACAUGACUAGGUAACCCAUUCCAUCCCCUCACCACUCUCUGUGUGAAGAAGAGUCUCCUUCAACAACAUGACUAGGUAACCCAUUCCAUCCCCUCACCGCUCUCUGUGUGAAGAGUCUCCUUCAACAACAUGACUAGGUAACCCAUUCCAUCCCCUCACCACUCUCUGUGUGAAGAAGAGUCUCCUUCAACAACAUGACUAGGUAACCCAUGGUAAUAUUAAGCUAAGGAGAAGAAUCACAGUCUCAUAUGAGCCAGAUUGCCCACGUAAAGUAAUGGAAAGAAUUUUUAAAAAUGUUUUCAAUGAUAAAAUGUAUUUGUUAUGUGUCCAUGGUUUGUUACUGAUAUUAAAAAGCUCAACCACGAAGAAUGACUCAAUAUUAAAGAUCUAAGAAGAUUUUAAAAAUAAAAAAAUAAAAAAAGUCCAGUCUGACGGAGGAGAUCGAGGAAAUGAAGUGAACGAGAAAGAAAGAAGGAAAGAAAGAGAAAUUGCAAACUGUUUUGUUAAAAAUGUUUAGAAAUGUAUUUAUUUAUGAAAUGAGGGGACAGCUGGCUGGUAGCGUACAGAAUCACUGACCGUUACUAACCUUUUAGAGCGCUGAGAUUCAGCUUUUAUUUAAAAAAAGAAAAACGAUUUUCAUAGUUUUAAAAGCACUUCAGGAGUUUUCUUUCUUACUGAAAUUAAAACGUAAUAAAUUCCAGGAUUGUUUUCUAGGUUGAGAAAAAAAAAAAAAUCUUUACUGCCUGCCUGUCUGUCUGUCAAACUGAACAGGAUUGUGGGGACCUGUCUGUCUGUCUGUCUGUCAAACUGAACAGGAUCGUGGGGACAUGUCUGUCUGUCUGUCUGUCAAACUGAACAGGAUUGUGGGGACAUGUCUGUCUGUCUGUCUGUCAAACUGAACAGGAUCGUGGGGACCUGUCUGUCUGUCUGUCUGCUUGUCUGCUUGUGUGUCUGUCUGCUUGCCUGUCUGUCUGUCUGAACAGGAUUGUGGGGACCUGUCUGUCUGUCUGUCUGUCUGCUUGUCUGCUUGUGUGUCUGUCUGCUUGCCUGUCUGUCUGUCUGUCUGUCUGAACAGGAUUGUGGGGACCUGUCUGUCUGUCUGUCUGUCUGUCUGUCUGUCUGUCUGUCUGUCUGCUUGUCUGUCUGUCUGCUUGCAUGUCUGUCUGUCUGUCUGUCUGUCUGAACAGGAUUGUGGGGGAUUACUGCAAAGUAGCAUCUUUGUCUUAGGUCACAAAAAAAAACGAUUUUAAUUUUUAAUUUUAAUAAAUUCUCUCUCUUUUCAGAAAAAGCUGCUUUUCAGUUUAAUUCAGUCAGGAUCUGAUUUUCUGGUCACUUACACACAUUCAAAAUGAUUUGCUAAAGAAAACAAACAUGUCAUUAUUGUAUCACUGGGACGACUUCUGAAAUUUUCACCGCUCUGAACUUUUUUUAAAAGCAUAGCCAAGUGUAGUAAAGCACUGUGAAACCACGGUAAAGCAUAGUAAACCAUUGAAAAAGCACCAUAGAUUCACAGCACAGGAAAAACAUGGUGAGAUUCAAAAUGAUUGUGAAAAUAUACCAUGGGGAAUUUUAAUGAAUGUUCAAAAAUGCGACAAUUUGAAGCCGAACAUGAAAGACUGUGCCACUAUGAUGGCUUCCGGUAGCCUAUUUUUGCGAUAUCAUUUUGUAGUUUAUUUGAUGUUAAAUAAAAAGAUCUAAAUGAUGUUCUUUUUUUGUUUUUUAAUGUUUGCAUCCUAGAAUAUUCUAGGUGAUACAAAACAUUUUACACAGCUGUGCGUAUUUAUGAAAUAGUAUUUGAUCUUCUUAUGUGGCUAAAAUAUGCGACCGUAGCCCUUAACCAAAGUUAUAUUGCACUAGUGGUAUUAUCAGCAGCAGUAGAAGUGUUAUUAUUAUUAUUAUUGUUAUUAUUAUUAUUUUGCUUUAUUGAAAUAUCUGUCAUGUUAAAUAAAAGGCCAGUUUUAAGAUUUUAAAA